UUAUGAAAUGUAAGGGCUUGGAAUUACGUGGAGUACAUUCUGUGGCCACAAUGAAAUUAAACAGAAAUCCACAGAAAGAUACCUAGAAAGUCUCAAAUAACCUACGAGUAAAACAAGAAGUCACAAAAAGUUAGAAAAUAUUCUGAGUGGGCGUGGCCUUGCGUCCGCCUUUCUCUUCUCCUUGCGUUGACGCCGCCCCUCUCUCAUCAGCCUCCGGCCCGCCGGCUCCUCAAAGCCGAACACCAUGCCUUCAAUAAAGUUGCAGAGUUCUGAUGGAGAGAUUUUUGAAGUUGAUGCAGAAAUUGCUAAACAGUCUGUGACUAUCAAGACCAUGUUGGAAGAUUUGGGGAUGGAUGAUGAAGGAGAUGAUGACCCGGUUCCUCUACCAAAUGUUAAUGCAGCAAUAUUAAAAAAGGUCAUUCAGUGGUGCACUCACCACAAGGAUGAUCCUCCUCCUCCUGAAGACGAUGAGAACAAGGAAAAGCGAACGGAUGAUGUCCCUGUUUGGGACCAGGAAUUCCUGAAAGUUGACCAAGGAACACUUUUGGAGCUUAUUCUGGCUGCAAACUACUUAGACACCAAAGGUUUGCUGGACGUUACGUGCAGGACUGUUGCCAAUAUGAUCAAGGGGAAGACUCCUGAGGAGAUUCGCAAGACCUUCAACAUUAAGAACGACUUUACUGAAGAAGCAGCAGCCCAGGUACGCAAAGAGAACCAGUGGUGUGAAGAGAAGUGAAACGCUGUGCCUGACACUGUGACACUGUAAGGAUUGUUCCAAAUACUAGUUGCACUGCUCUGUCUAUAAUUGUUAAUAUUAGGCAAACGUAGACAAAUGCAGCAGCAAAUCAUUUGUUUUAGCAGAAUAUUGUCCUCACUGCAUGUGUAGCUUGAGUACAGAUUCCGAACCCGAGUUUCUUCUAGUAUGAUUGAAAGUUCCUGUUUACUUUGCUCUGAAUAAAACUGAACUGUGGGUUCUCGAUAGAAAGUGGCAUUUGGGGCUUCCUCUCUUCUCGCAGAGUGAUUGCUGCCUGGUUUAUUGUCCAGUUAAAUUGAGUGAUCUUUUAAAAGUUGGCAUUGUAAAUAAAACAACUUCCAAAAAGUUUUCUGAAAUAGAAUUAAAAAAAUAUUAUCUUUAUUCAUGAGUUGGAAACUGGAAAGAGGCUACUUGAAACAAACGUUCUGAGUGGGCCCAUUAGGAUGUCUUUCAGCUGCACGGUCAGUCAGGACCACUGGCACUGAUCAGCUUGUGUGUAGCAGGGCUCCCUUAACUGGAUCUGAGGACUUGUUCUUAUUUUUAAUCCUCUCAGCUUUGAGUAUAUUGCCUAGAAGACUCAGUUACUACCUGGUUUGUGGUUUUGGGGGUGGGGAGAAAUGUAACUAGACAGUUUGUUAGCUUUUCAAUUAAAAAAGACACUUAAAAAAAAAAAAAAGAAAAUAUUCUGAGUGAAAACAGCAACACACUAUAUCAAAAUUUAUGUUAUAGCUAAAGCAGUGUUUUGAGGAUUUGUAGCAUUAACUGCUUCUAUUUGAAGAGGAUGAAGCGGCUGGUGCUGUGGUGUAGUAGGUUAAGCCUCUGCCUGUGGCACCAGCAUCCCAUAUGGGCACUGGUUCGAGUCCUGGCUGCUCCCCUUCCCAUCCAGAUCCCCGUUAAUGGCCUGGGAAAGCAGUGGAAAAUGGCCCAAGUGCUUGGGCUCCUGCACCCAUGUGGAUGACCAAGAAGAAGUUCCUGGCUUCGGAUCUUACCAGCUCUGACCAUUGUGGCUAUUUGAGGAGUGAACCAGCAGAUGAAAGACCUCUCUCUCUCUGUCUCUUCCUGUCUCUCUAUAACUCUGCCUCUCAAAUAAAUAAAUAAAUCUUUACAAUAAAAAGAAGAGAAUGAAGUCCUAAAAUUGAUGAUUGAGGCUUCUAUGAAGAAACUAGAAAAGAAGGGCAAAUUAAACACCACAUAGUAUGGCAGACAGAAGAAAUAAUAAAGAUAAUAGCUGGUGAACAGUCAGCAGACAUUCUCUAAGCACCCUAUAAAUAAUCUCCCUUUCUGGUUGCUUUUCGUAUCUGCUGUAAGCCUUUGGUGUUCUGCGUUGUGUGUACUCUUUAUUUAUAAAGAACCUUUUGUUGUUCCUAUUUGGAAUUUCACUGGGAUCUCUAAACCUGAAGGCUAUUGUCUUUAGUAAAUUCUAGAAAAUCCCCAGUCACCAUCGCUUUGAAAUUUUUGUUUUUCCAUUUUAUCUAUUUAUGUUCUUUUGGAAUAACUAAUUAGACGUGUAUUAGACCAUCUCACUCUGUCCUUUAUAGAGCAUAUUAUUCCCGUCAAAUUGUCUCUCCUGUUGCCAACACGAUUUCUUCAUCUCUGUAUUUCAGUUCACUUGUUUCUUUAGCUGUAUCCAUUUUUAAAUGUGCCUAUUUUUGAAGCUUU